AUGUCAAUCAAAAGAACAAAUUGGUCAGAAGUUUCUUCGAAUUGUAAUUUAAAUAUUGAUGAUCCAAUAAUAAUCCAUUUAUCACAUCAAAUUAAUUUCCCUCAUUUUGUAACAAAUGGUCCAUAUAAAAACAAACUAGUAAAAUAUAUAUCAGGGUCAGAAAAUUGUGCAAAAAAUUAUGGUGAAUUAUAUCGUCAAGAAGAUGAAAGUAGAUUUAUUAAAGUUAAUGGAGCUUUUUAUAAUUUUCACUCUCAAACUGGUAAUUAUUUGGAAUUUAAUCCAGAUUAUAUUGAGACUAUGAAAUUAAAUUCAGCAUUUUCUGAUGGUAUAGGACUUAACUCAUUUCCAAAUCCAAAAUUAGAUGAAAACUAUGUUUCUGUUACUGAUGAGGAAAUAAUUACUUAUAUUCAGUCGCAAAGAGAAUUAAGUUUACUAAGCAAUUCUAUUGAAUACAUAUAA